AUGCGAACGGACCUCUACCCUCGGAUCGGUUGCGAGAUGGAGAUCCGGGUCGACGUCUCUCGAAGACGGAAGGGAAGGAAUUUCCCCGAAAGACGAGACGCCACGACCAUGGACGCGUACCCGACCCCGAGUAACGAGAGGACGAGGGAAACGGCUCCGAAGGAACGUCACUAUCGAAACAUGUUGUCCAUCCAGGCCGGAUACGCCCAGAGACCCACCCUCGAAGACCUGAUCCAGGAACGACAGGCCCCUCUCGAACCGAACGAGGUGAAUUCCCUUCGGACCGUCCGGACGACCCGCUCGGGUCCGGCGUUCGAGUUUCGUGAACGGUGUGCGUUUCUCCUCAGGCGGAGGAUCCGGUCGACGAGGGUGCCCAGAGCGAAGGCAUGA